AUGCCCGCGGACGAAUCAUCGCCUCUUCUCCCGUCAACUACAGAGAGUCGAACCAGUGACGAAACGCAAAUUUCACAACUUGAACCUCAAGAAACGAUGAGCAGCUCAAUCCUGUGGAAAAUCGGCGCCAUCUCCGGCGCGACCGCUGUCGGGCUCGGCGCCUUUGGAGCCCACGGACUGAAGAAGAGCAUCGCCGACCCUCAGAAACUUGCCAACUGGUCCACCGCAGCACAGUAUCAGCUUGUUCAUUCAGCAGCCCUUCUGAUCGCAAGCAACAACCCUGUCGCCGGCACCCUCUUCACUGCAGGCAUGACGCUGUUUAGUGGCAGCCUUUAUGCCCUGACGCUGGACACCGAGAGGUUCCGCUGGAUGGGGCCUGUAACACCGCUCGGUGGACUGUGUCUUAUUGCUGGCUGGCUGGCGUUGGCUUUUGGCAAGCGGGGGGCGGGGGUGAGGUGGCCUCGGUCUUGA